AUGCGGGCUUCCCGGUGGAUCUGGAUUGCAGCCACAUUCCUCACCUCGACCGUCCACUCAACAGAGACAGCACCCUUCACUAAAGCAGAGGAAGCCACUGCCAACAGACGAGCCUUCGAAGUCCUCCGCAUCCUUAGAAGAGUCGAAAACAACUGCCCGGGCGGCUUCAUCCCCUGCACUGAACUAGGCAACGCCAACGCAUGCUGUAAGCACGGAACAAACUGUUCACGCGAUGCCGCCAACAACAUCGCCUGCUGCGCGAGUGGCGCAAGCUGUACCGGCAGUCUGACAGACACGAAGACGGCAGGUACAGGUACCGCCUUCAUGUUCCCUAACGCCGCAACCGCAACCCCCACUUCUGAGGGCCGAGCAGCAUCCGUCACCGGAUCGACACUGGACGGCGCAUACCCAUUUGUUGUUGUUCCGACCGCUUUUAGAAAUUCGGAGACUUGCUCGUCAUACUACUCCCUGUGUGAGUCUGAGUAUACACAGUGCACUGGUGCGCUGAUGGGCCGCUACGGCGUCACCAUUGGCGGCGCGGGAGAGGGUAAGACGGUUCAGGCUGUCACAGCUGCAUCACAAGCGGCCUCUAUUUGCUCGAGCUUGAGUGUGGAUGCUUGCCAUGGUAUUAAUUUGGGUUAUUGUAACAGCGUCGCGACACAGACUGGUGAUGCGGACGCAGCUGGAAAUGAUGCAUCUCCUGUGCGGAUGACGAGUCUCCAGGAUCUGGUCUUUGGGCUAGCGGUUGGAGUCGCGGGGAUGUUUAUAUGA